AUGUCGUAUAUGCGGCCGAGUUAUAUCAAGUUUAGUGAAUUCGAUACGGAGCAUACCCGUUUCGCGAGUAAAUAUUCCCUCUACCUGUAUCGUGAACAGACAGUAAAUGAUGAUAAGUUGAGAGGCAUCCCAGUCCUGUUCGUGCCCGGAAAUGCCGGAAGUUACAAACAGGUUCGCCCCAUCGCAGCCGAAGCUUCGAAUUACUUCAAUGAUGUUGUCCAACAUGAUGAGGCCGCCAUGGCCGCUGGAACUCGCAACUUGGACUUCUUUACCGUUGACUUCAAUGAGGACAUCACUGCAUUUCAUGGCCAGACUCUUCUCGACCAAGCCGAGUACCUCAACGAGGCUAUACGAUACAUUCUCUCACUAUAUAUGGACCCGCGCGUGUCCCCAAGAUCGACCGACCUGCCCGAUCCGACCUCCGUCAUCGUUUUGGGUCAUUCGAUGGGCGGAGUCGUGGCUCGAACAAUGCUCGUCAUGCCUAAUUAUCAGACCAAUUCUAUCAAUACGAUCCUGACAAUGUCUGCUCCACAUUCUCAGCCGCCCGUUACAUUCGAUGGUGAAAUUGUGCAGAUAUACGAUACGAUCAAUUCAUAUUGGAGGAACGCAUACUCCGAGAAAUGGGCCAAUAACAACCCUUUAUGGCAUGUCACGCUCGUCUCAAUCGCUGGGGGCCUGGACACUGUAGUGCCGUCGGAUUAUGCAAGCAUCGAAUCAAUAGUUCCCGAAACACACGGCUUCACUGUUUUCACAACCACCAUCCCAACUGUCUGGGCCAGCAUGGACCACCAAGCUAUCCUCUGGUGUGAUCAGUUUCGGAAGCUGCCAUCCACUCUUCUCACCCUCGGCGACAGCACAAACACUGUGAUUCCCGAAGGGGAGCGACUUACAAUCCGAGAAUUUGGCCGUGGUUCCGGGCCGAGAGCAUAUCUCAUGCCUGUCCAACCACCAGGAUCUCCACAGAGCACUCGAUUUACCCUUCUAUCGGACACCCCUCUCACCCCCGGUGAGAGUGGCAAUCUCGAGGUUCUUCUCUGCAGUAUUGCUCCGCCUCAGCCUGGCCAAUCUACUUUCGCACUGCCUGUAGUCGUUGAUCUAUCCGUGGACGGCGACGAGUCCGCAAAAUUCGUUUGCAAGAAUGCGGCUUCUGACAUGAUAACGCUGCCCCAGUCAACUCAUGACUCAAAGUACCCGUUCCCUUCCGCUAAGAAUGUGAAAGCCCGCCCUUUCUCUUACCUAGAGUAUGACGCGGAGGUACUGGCAGAACAUCAGUUUGUCGUCGUCUUAGACAUGUCGUCCACCCCUACGGACGGAUUUGUCCUCGCCGAAUUCGCGGACCAUGCUGGUUCUCUUCAUACAAAAGAUGCGACUUUACCAGAACUCGUUGCGUUUGGACUGAACCUGCGCCUGCCACCAAACCGCUCAACCGUUUCUCAAGUUCGUAUCCCAAGCAUUGAGUCUAGCUUAUUGGCCUACCAUCUAUACGUUGAAUCUCAGGAAUGCACAAAGUUCGUGGAACUCUUCGCACCCUUAGUGAGGCAACAUAUAAGCCGGCCUUACGAAUCGAAGUUCUUCGUCAAUGCGAAGCAGGCAGAAAUAAGCAUCCAUGGCACAUCACCGUUCGUCCCGCCUCCCCUUAUAUCCUACAAUGAGGAGCGCGGGCUUGGAUUCCAGAUUUGGACGGAUCCGACAUGCGAAACUGAGAUAGUGAUAAGCCUCAAGCUCGAUAUUUUUGGCAGCUUUGGCAAGCUAUACAUGCGGUACCGCACUGUAUUUGCAGCAUUCCCUCUUUUGAUUGUUGCCCUCGUGCUCGCCAAACAGUUCCAACUAUACGACGAAGCUGGCGUCUUCGUAUCUUUCACGGAGGGCUUAGAUCUUGCCCUUCGUGGGUCGUUCCCGGUCACUGUGCUAUGUCUCACACUCCUUUCUAUAUUUGGCUGGGGAGCCUCGAAAGCCUUUGGAUCAGGAACUAGUAAGGGCACGUUGGCGACCGACUUCUACCAAAACGAUAGUGUUGUCGGAAUGACCGACCCCUUCUUCUGGUUCCUCGUCCCGAUAAUUGGUACUGUCAGCGUCGGAGUGUGCGUUGGCGUUCACUACCUCACUCUUUUCUUGGUUCAGCUCUCGGGAAUCAUCUCUAGCAUCUUCGCCGAGCACUACAACUGA